CUAAAUCGCCGCCAUAGCCAAUAUAUCUUAUCCAAGCGGCAGGGUUUUGGGGUUUUGGCGAGGGCGCGAUCGAUCCGGCCAUGGCGCUGAUGCAGCAGCUCUCCUCUCCCAGGUACAGCGGGAAUGUAGAUUGGAGCAGCAGCGGCGGCGCAUUGCCCAGUGCUGCACUCCCAGGAAGCUGCUGCCGAUUGCCACCAGCGUUCUACGGCAGCGUAAUCCGCGCGGCCAGAGCGGCGCCGCCGCGGGGCGCGACGAGAAUCAUGGCGUCGGCGGCGGAGGCUGCCGAGGCCAAGCCCCGGCGGGCCGCCAAGGACGUCAAGAUCACCUGGGGCGUCCACAACGGCAAGACGCUGGGGAUGCUCUCGGACGACUACCUCAACUGGCUCGUCAACACCGUCAAGGCGGAAUGGGGGCGGCUGGCGCAGGAGGUGAUCGACGAGCGCAAGGCAAACCCGAGCUACACGCCCCGCCCGCCGCCGCCGCCCCGCCAGGCGCCGUCCGAGACCUCCACCACCAGCGGCGGCGGCUUCUCGUUUGGAUUCAAGCGCUACGCCAAGGAGAACAUCGACUACAUCCGGAGCGUGGACAUCGAGGCCGGGAGGGACUAUCCGGAGUGCUGCGACGAGCCCGAGUUCCCGAGCAAGGACGACUUCACUCGCUACAUCAAGAACGCGGGCGAUAACAAGGACUUCAAGGAGGCCCAGAGAGUCCACGCCCGAGUCUACAACAGUGAGUUCCGGAGGAACCGCUUCCUCGCCAACCUUCUGAUCGACAUGUACGAGAAGUGUGGCGCGCUGCUCGAGGCCCGCCGCGUCUUCAACUCCGUCAACCAGCCGGAUAUCGGGUGCUGGAACCUGAUGCUCCGGGCCUACGCCAAGCACGGCGAGCUCGAGGACGCGAGGGAGGUGUUUGAUCUCAUGCCCAAGCGCGACGCCAUGUCGUGGGAGCUCAUCAUCCGCGUCUACAACGACAAAGGCAACACCGAGGAGGCGGACCGGCUGCGAGCGCAGUCGGGCUUGCCGGACAGUGACAAGGGUGGCCGGGUGAGCGUGCCCGAGGUGAAGCCGCAGCUGCUGUGCUUCCACACCGAGAAGAUGUCGGUGGCGUUCAACAUCAGCACCACCAACCCUGGUACGCCGAUGUGGUUCGUCAAGAACCUCAGCAUCUGCGCCGACUGCCACAAGACGACCAAGGUGAUCUCCAAGGUGAUCAAGAAGCAGAUCACCGUGAGAGACGCGACGACGUUCCACCACUUUGAGAAUGGAGUGUGUACCUGCGGUGCGUGAGAGCAAAAGCUCGAAGAUGGUCCAUCUCUGUCCAUCCAUCACGCGACGAAAACAGCUACUUAGGUGCCGCGACACGGAGUUGAAGAGGAUUUUGCGUAGUGUAGUCGAUCUGGUUGGCCUCUGGAAGUCAAGGUGAAGGUAACGAAACAAAAGAGGAACCAGUGUCUCUCCUUACCAAUACUUACUAGAGCUAUAAGCAGUCUUAGUGUACACUUUGCUGUUCAUUGUCCAUCUCGCUUGUUAUUGUCAAAAAGAUCACAGCUUUGUUC